AUGACAACUCCUGUAAAUCAUCAAAAUAAAAACAAGACACCUCCUCCACCACAUAUAGAGAUGAUAGAAUUAAAGCAAUUCUUCAAAUUUGUGCAUGGUUGGGACAAAGUUCUCAUGGUUAUCGGAACUAUCUCAGCAGUUAUUACAGGUUUACUCUUACCUUCACUUGCAAUAGUGAUGGGAGAAGUUACUAAUACUUUUGAUCCAGACAACACUGCAGAACAAAUCAAGGACUAAAUGUCUAUACUUGCUGGUUAUAUCUCCUUAGUAGGACUAGGCACAUGGUUAUUUGGCUACGUCUUCUAUUCUUUCUGGCAACAUCUGGCAGAAAAUAUCUCAUUUGAUCUCAGAAGUAAAUUCCUACAUUCCAUACUUAAACAAGAGGUUGCCUUCUUCGAGAAGCAAAAUGUGGAGUAAUUACCAUCAUAGAUUGGAGAAAACUUUUCAAUCAUUCAAGAUGCUAUUGGAGAGAAGUUUUCCGGUAUUAUUUUCACAACAUUUACUUUGAUUUCCGGUAUCGGCAUAGCGUUUUAUAGAGGUGCUGAUUUUGCAGCAAUCUGCUUUGCAUAUUUCCCUUUCAUUAUGGUUAUCAUCACACUUUUUGGAGCUCAAGUUAAGAAAGCUGCAAUUAGAAAAGUAAUGGUGUCUAAAAAGAUGGGCGGUGUCGUUGAAGAAAGCUUCGGCGCCAUUAGAUUAAUUAUGUCAUUUGCUCAAGAGGAAAGAGAACUGAAAAAAUUUCAGCAAUUAGCUGAUGAGACUAGGCAAAUAGCACAUUCAAGUGAGUAUUGGCUUGCUGGAUUUAUCGGAUUUUUCAGACUUUCAAUCUUUGGAUUUUAUUGCUUCUCAUUCUGGAUUGCUACAAUUUAUAUUGACCAUAAGAUGGUAAACCCUAAUACAGGACAUCAGUAUUCAGUUGGUGAAUUAUUAUCAGUACUAGUAAGUCUUAUGACUGGUAUGACAAUGCUAUUUGGUCUCAACCCAAAUGUUUAGGCUUUGAUAAGAGCUAAAGUCGUUGGAAGGAUGGUGUUUGAAGUGAUUGAUAGGACACCUCUGAUUUGGGAUAAUGACGUGGCUAUUAAGGAAUUUGAGGUAAAGGAGAAAAUAAGAUUCGAAAAGGUUACAUUCAAAUAUCCAACUGCCUAAGAAAAUAUUAAGAAUGUUUUAGAAGGUGCUUCAUUUGAGAUCAAAGCAGGUCAGACUACAGCUAUAGUAGGACCCUCUGGUUCUGGAAAAAGCACUAUCAUUCAAAUGAUAGAAAGAUUCUAUGACCCUAAAGAAGGAAAUAUAUACUUUGACAAUGUUAACCUAAAGGACAUUAAAUUAAGAAUUCUAAGAGAAUCAAUAGGAUAUGUCUCUCAAGAACCAGUUUUAAUCUUGGGAACUAUCAGAGAUAAUUUGCUCUUCGGUAACAAAGAUGCUAAAGAAGAGGAUAUUGAAAGAUGUCUAAAGCUAGCAAAUGCAACUUUUGUUUACGAUAUGGAAAAUAAACUAGACUCAUAUGUGGGUUCAUCAAGUGUAAUGAAUCUAUCAGGUGGUCAAAAACAAAGAAUUGCAAUUGCUAGAGCACUUAUUAAAAACCCACAAAUUCUCAUAUUGGAUGAGGCUACCAGUGCCCUUGACCCAAAGAGUGAAAAAGAAGUUUAGGAUGCUAUUGAUGAAAUUUCACACAAAGAUUCAAGGCUGACUAUUAUCAUGAUAGCACAUAGACUUUAAACUAUAAUGACUGCUUAAAAUCUCCUUUACUUAGAAGCUAAAAACAGUGUAGUACCAGCUACAAAAGGCACAGCUGAAUAUGAUGUUAUAAUGAAUAGGCUACAAGAACAAAAUUAUGCUCAUCAAAAAGAUGAUCCUGAUAGCCCAAAUAAAUCACCAACUGACAAAGUAAGCAAAAGAGUGUUAAAAGACAAAAGUGUACCUAGAAUGAUGACAGAUAAGAGUGAUGGAAAUUAAGAUCCAGAAUUAGCUGAAAAUGAUUAAGAUGUAAGAGAACCUAAACCAGUUGGAAUGCUUAAAAUUAUGGCAUUUUACAGUCCUAAAUGGCUUGCCUACAUUACCUAUGUUCUAACAAUAAUCAACUCAUUCGGCUUCCCAAUCUACGGUCUGGUGUUCUCAAAAAUUCUGUUCAUUAUGUUAGUGCCUCAACUUCCAACUUUUACUCAAGAUAGAAAUCUAUGGUGUGGUUUGUUUAUCUUACUUGCAUUUGCAAUAGCUUUCUUUGGUUACCUUAACAAGAUUACCUAUGCCUUCCUAGGAGAGAACUUAACAUUUACAAUUAGAACUAAGCUAUUUGAAUCAAUCUUACACAAGCAUUUAGGUUGGUUUGAUAACAAGGAUAGAGCACCAGGUAUAUUGAGUAAUGUUCUUUCAUAAGAUAUUACUUUAUUGAAUGGAUUGACUACAGAAACUAUUGCCAAUAUUCUUGAAGCUUCCCUCUGUCUUAUAGUUGGAUGUAUACUAGCCUUUGUAUUCACAUGGAAAAUGGCAUUAGUGACAUUAGCUACUUGCCCAUUUGUUAUUCUUGGUGGAAUCGUCAUGUCUAGACUUUAAUGGAGUAAGAAUAAAUAGCAAGGUGGACUCAAGGAAAAAGGUUAUUAAGAUCCUUAUCAAAGAGCAAAUGCCCUUUUGUCAGAUAUGAUUAUGAACUAUAGAACAGUCAUCAGUUUCGGACAAAAAAAUAUUGAUUUUGUCAUGACAAAAUAUGAUAAACUUUUAGAAGAACCUAACUCUAUAGGAGUAAGAAAUGCACACAUUGCUGGAUUCUUUUAUGGAUAUUCUCAAUGCAUUAGAUUUCUCUUCUUGGCUUUCAUAUUCUACAUUUCGUCAAUCUUUAUCUACGAUUACAAAGAUAGAUCAGAUGAUACUUAUAUUGGAGUAUAUAUUCUAUUCGUUGCUGCUCUUGGUAGUGGUAUUGCUAUAUCAUAAGCCCCAUCAGUAAGCAAGGCAAGAGUAGCUGCAGGUAAAGUCUUUGACAUUAUUGAAGAGGAAUCUAAGAUUGAUACUAGAACAGGCAAAGGUGAGAAAUUAAUCAAAUCUGGCGAAAUUGAACUGUUAGACGUUGAAUUCAAGUAUCCAUCAAGAACCCAAAAAGUCCUCAAAAAGAUGAACAUGAAAAUCCCAUCUACCAAAAAGAUCGCUUUAGUUGGGCAUUCUGGAUGCGGAAAGAGCACUAUUGCAAAUCUUCUUCUGAGAAUGUACGAUGUUAACGGUGGAUCACUCAUGAUUGAUGGAAUAGAUAUCAGAGAUUAUGAUAUUAAAGCACUAAGACAGCAAAUAGGAAUAGUUAUGCAAGAACCACUUUUAUUUAACAUGUCAAUUAAGGAUAACAUCCGCUAUGGUAAUGAAAAAGCAUCUGACUAAAGAGUAAGAGAAGUUGCUGAGAUGGCAAAUGCAUUGCAAUUUAUAGAGUCAAACAUUGAAGACUUAUCAAAAGAAGAUGUAAAGGAAGCUAUUGAAAAAGGCUUUAAAGAAUAUAUCAAUGAUGAGAAAGUUAUGAAAGACUAUCCUAAUUUCUAAAUUCUUUCCAAGAAAUACUUUGAUGAGAAGGUCUUUAAUAUUGAUGAAUUGCUGUUAAUAGAUGAAGUUCUUAAGAAAGCUGAUGCUGAUUUGAGAGUAAUGGUUAACACAAACCUCGAUAGAUUCAUCAAUGUUAUGCAAGAAAGUAGCAAGCUAAAGGGUAUUAAAUGGGAUGAUAUUGUUCUGAGAUUUGAAUGGUCUUUUGAAGCUGAUAAAAUAGAAGAAUACCUUAACAGUGCUAAGGUAGCAGAUGUGAAGGACAUAUACAAGAACCCUGUUAAGAAUGCACUCAAAAAUUUCAAGACUAAAUUUGAUCUUAAAACCAUUAAGGACUAUUUGGAGUAAGUUGUUUUACAAGAAAAGCCAGAAGAUACUGAGUUUAUUCUCUAGAACUUUAUAAAAGCUAGUUUCGAUCGCCUUAAGGAAUAAAACAAUUACAGAAUUAAGUCUCUUCAUCAGUCAAAUACUAAUGAUUCAGACUUCUAAUUGCAUGAGGGCUUCAAUAAGAUAUGUGGACUAAAGGGAGCACUGCUUUCUGGUGGACAAAAGCAAAGAGUUGCUAUCGCUAGAGCACUAAUUAAGGAUCCAAAGAUUCUUAUCCUUGAUGAAGCUACUUCUGCUUUAGAUGAAUAAUCAUAAGAACUUGUCCAAUAAGCUCUUGAUAGAGCUAUGGAAGGUAGAACUAGUGUUGUUAUUGCGCACAGACUCAGUACAAUCAGAAACUGUGAAUGGCUCUUUGUGAUACACAAGGGUAAAGUUGCAGAACAAGGAACCUACGAGGAACUCUCAAAUAAUCCUAAUUCAUACUUCUAUAAGUUGAAAUCUGGCAUGGAAAUGUGA